AUGGAGCGGUCUUACAUGUCUGGGAGUCAGAAAAGGAAACAUAAAAAGGCUCGAGAACUUCAAGCUAAAAAGGCUAAAUGGAGCAUCUUAAAAUUCUUUCCUGCACGUAUAGAAGAAUCGGAAAUCUCUCCUGCAUCACAAAUGCAACCGUUACCCAAUUUGCAAGAUGUUGGUGAUAUAAAGCCCCAUGAACGCGAAGAACUGGAGUGUGCUUCUGUAGAUGAAAUGCCCCAAAAUAACAAACAGGAAGUACCAAUCAAUGAUCCGGCUGCCGAUUAUGAAGUGCACCAAGAACAAGAAUGUUUUACCGCAAAUGUUUUAUCACCUGAAAAGGACAUUCAGCGAAAAGUGCCGAUUGAUGAUCCGGCUAAAUGGCACACUAUCACUGAUGAUAUGAUCGAUCAUUUUCUUAGAAAGCCACCUCCACAAAAUAUGGAUCUGGUAAAAAACACUGUGAAAAUAUUCAAUGGAGGCAAACGUCUUUUAACCAAAAUUAAUUUUUUUAAAAUUAAAAAAAACGGUGAAAAAUUGGCAAGAGAAUGGCUGGUAUUAUCAGCAUCAGAAAAGAAAUUAUUUUGCUGGGUUUGCAAAUUAUUUGGAAAUACAACAACUAGCCUUUCAACAUCUGGCUUCGAUGAUUGGAAGCAUGUUGUCUUUCGACUUACAGAGCAUGAAAAUUCUUUUAUGCACUGGGAAUCAAUUUUAAGGUUUACCCAAAGACUUAAAACUGAAAAAAGAAUUGAUUCUGCAAUAAUCAAGCAAUAUCAAAGUGAAGUACAUUACUGGCAUUCAGUAUUACAAAGAAUUGUUGAAACAGUUAAAUUUUUAUCAUCAAGAGGUAUGGCUUUUUUUGGGGAAAAUGAAAUGUUCGGUUCAACUCAUAAUGGGAACUUUUUGGGUUGCCUUGAAUUGAUAGCCCACUUUGAUCCAUUUCUUGUGAAGCAUAUCGAAAAAGCUGGUAAUCAAGGAAUUGGCAAUGUUAAUUAUUUAUCAUCAACAAUUGUGAAUGAAUUUGUUGAAUUAAUGGGUGAAAAAGUCUUGAAUGUUGUUAUUACAGAAGUUAUAGAUGCCAAGUAUUUUUUAAUUAUAGUCGAUUCUACUCCAGAUGUUACCCAUAUGGACCAGUUAACUUUAAUUUUGCGAUAUCUUGGUCCUGAUUAUAAACCUGUUGAAAGGUUUAUAAAUUUUAUACAAAUUUUUGGUCACAAUGCAGAAAGUUUAACCAAUGUUAUAUUGCAAGUUUUGGAAGAUUGA